AUGACAGGAUUCCCCUUGGCAGACUCUGGCAUUUCAGAAGUGGCUCAGCUCCGACUGGUGAACGGCCCGAGUCGCUGUGCUGGGAGAGUCGAGGUGCUUCACGACGAGCAGUGGGGAACCGUGUGUGAUGACGGCUGGGAUUUAACUGAGGCCAGAGUCGUGUGCAGGCAGCUGGGCUGUGGGAUGGCAUUAUCAGCCCCAUGCGUGUCUCGGUUUGGACAGGGAACUGACCGUAUCUGGCUGGAUGAGGUUAACUGCACAGGGACAGAAGCUGCCCUCUCCGAAUGCAAGGCUCGGCCUUGGGGAGAGCAUAACUGUAACCACGUGGAAGAUGCCAGUGUUGUGUGCUCAGACUCAGACAUUUCAGAGCAGACUCAGCUCCGACUCGUGAAUGGCCCGAGUCGCUGCGCUGGGAGAGUCGAGGUGUUUCACAGCCAGCAGUGGGGAACCGUAUGUGAUGACAGCUGGGAUUUAACUGAGGCCAGAGUCGUGUGCUGGCAGCUGGGCUGUGGGACGGCAUUAUCAGCCCCAGGCAGGUCUCAAUUUGGGCGAGGCUCUGAUCCCAUCUGGCUGGAUAACGUUCACUGCACAGGGACAGAAGCUGCCCUCUCCGAAUGCAGGGCUCGGCCUUGGGGAAUCCAUAACUGUCACCACGGAGAAGAUGCCAGUGUUGUGUGCUCAGAUUCAGCCAUUCCAGAGCAGGCUCCAAUCCGACUGGUUGAUGGUUCUAGUCUCUGUGCUGGGAGAGUCGAGGUGUUUCACAACCAGCAGUGGGGAACCAUCUGUGAUGACAACUGGGACAUAACAGAUGCCGGAGUCGUGUGCAGGCAGCUGGGCUGUGGGACGGCGUUAUCAGCCCCUGGAAGAGCUCAGUUUGGACGAGGAUCUGACCAUAUCUGGCUGGAUGACGUUCACUGCACAGGAACAGAAGCUGCCCUCUCCGAUUGCAGGGCUCGGCCUUGGGGAGACAAUAACUGUCACCAUGGAGAAGAUGCUGGUGUCAAGUGCUCAGGCUCAGGCAUUUCAGAAGUGGCUUCGCUCCGACUGGUGAACGGCCCGAGUCGCUGCGCUGGGAGAGUGGAGGUGCUUCAUAACCAGCAGUGGGGAACAGUGUGUGAUGACACCUGGGGCUUGUCCGAGGCUGAAGUCGUGUGCAGGCAGCUGGGCUGUGGGACAGCAUUAUCAGCACCACAUGGGGCUCACUUUGGACAAGGAUCUGACCAUGUGUGGCUGGAUGAGGUUCAAUGCACAGGGACAGAAGCUGCCCUCACCGAAUGCAAGGCUAGGCCUUGGGGAGAGCAUGGCUGUAACCCUGGAGAAGAUGCCAGUGUUGUGUGCUCAGAUCAGGGCCAGCUGAGGCUGCGGCUGACAAGUGGCCCAAGCUCCUGCUCCGGGCGAGUGGAGGUGCUGAUUAACGACACCUGGGGUGCCGUGUGUGACGCUGGCUGGGGCCUGCCGGAGGCGGGGGUGGUGUGCAAGCAGCUGGGCUGCGGCACGGCGCUGUCAGCCCCAGGCGUUGCUCAGUUCGGUCACGGGGCCGGCGACGUCUGGCUGGAGGGCGUGAGCUGCUUGGGCCAGGAGUCUCUCAUCACUGAGUGCCAGCUGAGCCGGCUGGGUCCCGGGCUGUGUGGCCGUGGCUCCGAGGCCAGCGUGGUGUGUGCUGGGCAGGCCGACUCUGGGCUGCUCUGGUCCGUGCUCCUCAGCCUGGGUGCUGUCGUGGUGCUGAUCUGCGGGGCCCUGCUCUGCUGGAGGAGGCGUCGGGGCAGAGCUGCUAGGAACCCCCUGGGUCAUGUGCAUCUGGAGGAGCUGGGGGCUCCAGAUACACCACCCCAGACCCAGGAAGUGGCAAAUCCAGAAACCCCCGAGGAGCCCGACAACGAGAUGACCUGGCUGGUGAGGGAAGACAUGGCGCUGUGAGAGCCGCAUGCAAGCCAGGCUGAGCUGGGCUCCGCCUGCAGUGAGAGACGUGCCAGUGGGAUCCUGCACAGAGCAGUCCCAGGGCUGCCAGCUGCCUGGGUUGUGGGGACGCUGAUGGGGCUCCUCUGGGGGCUGGGGCUGGGAGUCUCUGCUCCCCCUGUGGAGCCCCUGGCUCCAUUGUCCCCUGCAGCUCACCUGGAAGAUCUCCUGCUCCACCCCACCCCCAGCUUUCCCUAGUGUAGCUCCCAGCAGCUCCCAUGCCCAUCCCUGAGUAGCCUGUGCCCAGUCAUGCAGACAGCAUGUGGUGCAUCAUGCAGAACCAUUGUCAGGUGCACAGGACAGCCAGUUCCGUCCCCACACAAUGACCAUCCCAACAUUUAAAUGAGCUAUGGGGAGAGACUGACUACGGGUGUCUGCCUGUGCCCGAUGCGCCAGACCCUGGUAAAGCCUGGUGUUCUUGUCUGUCUGUACCCAAUGCCCCCUGAACUCGGGGCACCAGGCUCCAUCUGUCUGUCUGUGCCAGAUACACCCUGAGCUCAGGGCACCAGGCCAUGUCUGUCUGUGCAGCAGCCAGCCUGGGCCCCCAGUAAAUGAUGAUUACAGUUUCUAGUGUGUAGAUAAGGUGCAGAACUGAGUGCAGCUGCAGGAUGGUGCCUUGCUUAAUGGAAAGGAAUGGGUUAGGUUACAGAUACAGAGAGCUUCCCUCUAACCUUCCCAAAUUCACUCCCCGCUCUGUCCUGGCCCCUCAGUCCUUCCCCGUCCCCUCCUUGUGCUGUAUAAACACCCUGCAGUAAUACUACACAGUUGCAUCCAGACACGAGCCCCAUUGCACAUUUCACAGGGGACGAUGUUCGGGAACAACCACAUUAUUCCCCCUUCUCUUUGUGUGAGUAGCAUGUUGACAGCUGAAACCUUUCUGAUUUCUUGUAAUUCCCAAAAGCUUCCACAAGGUGUCAAUGGCUCCCCACUCCUCAAAAUGCCCCACUCUCACCCCUUCUGUAGUAGGAUGACCAUACGCCCUGUUUUGGCAGGGACAGUCCCCUUUUUCAGCUCUGUUCUGGCCAUCCCUACUUUUUCACUAAAACUGGACAUUUGCCCUGAUUUGUGAAGGCAGCGCUGCCUUCACAAAGAGCUGCCCCCCUGGGCAGCAGUCCCUGCUCUCCGCUGGACACUACAGGCAGUUAUUAUGGCUAGGUCAACCUAGGACAGCUCUUCACUGCUUGCAUUACAGGAUAGUGAGGAGUUUACUUAAAAGGAUUGAACCUCAGCGAUGUAUAAUCCCUUCCCAAGGAGCCUGGUGUUCUGGUAAAAUGAGUGUGCUGCACACAUUAAAAUGGUGCACUCCACCCUGAGCUCAGUGACUGCAGUCGUGACUGGUCUUUGGGUUGGACGCACGAAGAGUAGGGUGACAGAGUGGAGAGCAGAGAGCUGUGGCUGCUGCCAGGGGGAGCAGCUCUGAAGGCAGCGAUGACCACCAGCAGCAGCAGAGAAAUUUGCUGCUGUCAGGCGGUGCUAAUUUCAGACCAGGCCCCCAGGGAAGCAUCCCCACUUGCUGGCUGCAGGGCAGAGCAGAGAAGUAAGGGUGACAUGGUAUUGUCACCCUUACUUCUGCGCUGCCUCAGAGUCUGAGCCUUCCUUACUGUGAGGCUCGCUACAGAAUGCUUUGAGCAACUUAACCGGAGGCUGUAUAGAAGCACUAAAUUAAUUUUCUUAUCAGCUCAGUGCAAGGUCAGCCCCAAGAAAGUAGGAACUGAUGGGCACAGAUCAUGGCUACAUGGAUUGUCAGCAUCCGCAGGGUUGAAGGGUGCCGCACGCGGGUCAUCCGAUGGGGGUUAGUGGCAGUGCUCCAAUUUGUAAACGCUGAUUUUUACUGGUUGGCUGAGUUGCAGCCGCAGGCUGAAAGCAGCGAGAUGGUCUCUUCCCAGCUCCAGUGUUUGCCUCGCUUGGGAGCCGGAGUGUUGAGACAGUGUGAAAUAGGAAGAGCUUUUAAUUGCACAUUUCGUGGUAGCUAAGAGUCCCCCUGAGCCAAACAGGCUGCCUGCCGUAUAGGCAGAGUGCUGUGUUCAGCUGUUGGGCUGGGCCAGUGUUCUGAGAAAGCCCUGUGAAGGAACACUUGCAAAUCAAUUCUACCCUGGUGUUUCAGUAGCAGAUUUACCAGGCCAUGGAGAUCUCUGGUGUAAACCCUUUGACUUGGAGAUUAACUUGGCCCAUAGCAAGAAAUUGGUUCAGCAAAACAGGGGCUAGCAGGAGCUGGGUCCCAGCCAGAGGCAGACUGACAUUAGGGGCAGCGAGUUAUAUACACUCGUGGUGCCUGAGCUCCAGAAAUAUAUAGGGCCUGGCUCCACCAACGUUUGGGGCCAGGUCUCUCCCCCAGCCCUGCCAACCGCCCUUCUGCACCUCCCCCAAAUGUCUCCCAGCCCUCACUUGCUGCCCCCGCGCACCUGCCCCAGCCCCUGAGCCUGCAGCUCACACGGACUCUGCUCUGCGGGCUCCCCGCAUCAACUGCUGCUGCCACCUUUCAUUAAUGGCAGGGCAGGCUGCCCUUACCCUGCCCUUCCGCCCUAGCCUUGAGCCUCUCCAAUGUCCCAAACCCCUCAACGUCAGCCCCAGACAGAGCCCUCAUCCCCCCACACCCUAAUCCUCUGUCCCAGCCCCGAGCCCCUCCCAAACCCCUCAUCCCCCCGCACCCUAAUCCUCUGCCCCAGCCCUGAGCCUCUCCCAUUCCCCAAACCUCUCAUCCUCGGCCCCACAGCCCUCACCCCUGAACCUGCUCCUAUCCCCAAAUUCCCUCCCAGAGCCUGCACCCCUCCCCCUUCCCACACACCUCCUCCGUCCCCCAAAUGCCAUCCCAGAGCCUGUACCCCCUCCACCCCCAAACACUGUCCCAGACCCUGCACCCCUCAGCACCUCCUGCACCCCCACCCCCUGCCCCAGCCCGGAGCCUACACCCAGCACCCAAACUCCAGCCCAGGGCCUGCAGCCCUCCUGCACGCUAAUCCCCAGCCCAGGGCCUGCACCCCAGACCUCCUCCCCCCACCCAAACUCCUUCCCAGAGCCUUAGGCAGGUGGGGGGUGGAAUUGGGGGGUGUGGGGGGAGAUGCAGGUUCUGGGCACCACCAAAAUUUCUACAAACCUGCCACCCGUCUGACAUCAUGUAUCCAAAACAUCCCUACAAGGAGCACACACAGUUCAUUCACACAUAUGAUCUCCUUUGUCAAGGGCUGGUUGUGUUACAAGUAAGGGUGGCAAUACCACCAUGCUACUCUUACUUCUGUGCUGCUGCUGGGGGGGGCACUGUCUUCGGAGCCAGGCAUGCCAGCAAGCAGCGGAUGCUCUCCAUUGCCCAGCUGUGAAGGCAGUGCUGCCACCAGUCACAUGAUGUUGCAGUCACAUGAUGUUGCCAGGUGAUGCUUUUAUUCUUUUUGCGGGUGGGGUGGGGGGGGAAGGACUUGUGCAUACCUGUGUCCUUAGAAGAAUCAACAGUUUGUGUGUGGUCAUUUUUUGCUAUAAAAAUGUCUAGGAAACAUCUGUGCAAUUGUAAUGAAGACCUCCAAAAACAGUUCAGGUUUUUAAAAAAAAACAGGUUUCAGAGACACUUCAACAUUAGACAACAGCAAAGUUGUAUGUGAAACAUGAAGAGCACGUCUCCAUUGCUAACGGUGGUCAAAAUGACAUUACCCAGCACUUUCAAAGCAAGAAACACACUUAUGCUGGUAAAAGUAAGUGUUUAACACCAAGUGUUUCAGGAUUUUUUCUGAGGCAAGACACAGAAACUAAAAGUUUUGGCCAGUGAGGGAGUGUUUGCUUACCACUCUGCAGCACGGACACGGUUUCCUUUCUAGUGGCUGGUUUCAGAGUAGCAGCCGUGUCAGUCGGUAUCCGCAAAAAGAAAAGGAGGACUUGUGGCACCUUAGAGACUAACCAAUUUAUUUGAGCAUAAGCUUUCGUGAGCUACAGCUCACUUCAUCGGAUGCUUCAUCAUUCAAGCUUAUGCUCAAAUAAAUUUGUCAGUCUCUAAGGUGCCACAAGUCCUCCUUUUCUUUUUUCUAGUGACUGUACAUCACAGUUAAUUAGGAAACUAUGCUAAUCUAAGGGCAUGGCUACACUUGCAGAUGUAGAGGGCUGGGAGUUAAACCAGCCUUCGGAGACCACAGCAGGGAAAACGCUGCCGAGUGUUUACACUCUCAGCUGGAAGCGCACUGGCGUGGCCACGUUAGCAGCUCUUGCAAUGCCACAAAGAGCAGUGCAUUGUGGUAGCUAUCCCAGCGUUCAAGUGGCUGCAACAUGCUUUUCAAAAUGUGGAGGGUGGGGUGGAGUGUGUAUGUGGGGGGAGAGAGAGUGGGUUUUUGGGGUGCUGAGAGUGCGUCAGCGUGCUGUCUUGUAAGUUCAGACCCCCCUCCCCCCGCCUCUCUCACACCCUCACAGCAAGCAACAUUCCACACUAACAGUUGCUUUGUCCCGGGGCAGAUAAGCAGCCGGCUGUCAGAAACGGAGCUUUGAAAGGGGAUAGCCGCAUUCCUCCAGCCGACUCCAAAACACUGACUAAAGUAGUCACUUGACUUAAGGGGAUUAUGGGGUGUUUCGGGAGGCCGAUCGCAGCGCAGUAAAGCAACACCUCGUCCACGCGGACGCCGGGGCAUUUCAGCCGAGGCGCAACCAGCGUUAUGCUCCUUGGGGAGGUGGAUUACCAGGAGCGCUCCAGCUGCAGAGUUCAGGAGCUCUAAGUGCCUUGCCAGUGUGGACGGGUUGGGAGUUAGGGCACCUGGGGCUGCUUUAAUGCACUCUAACUUGCAAGUGUAGCCAAGCCCUAAGUUUUCAUCUGCUUGUACAAAAUCUGAGGCAAUCGUUUGCAACGUCUUAGCCCCUUUAUCCAUUGAAAACGUGCAGCUUGAGUUGGACAAGCGUUCCUUUGUUACUCUUGCCCACUCCUGUUCUACGUGCUUCCCAAGAUACACAAACAGGGGAACCCAGGCAGACCCAUCAUAGCUGGCUAUGGCACUCUUACUGAAGGAAUAUCGGGAUUCAUAGAAACCAUCCUUAAAGUGCUCACCACACAAAAUAAAUGUAAGAGCAGUAGGACAAUGGAACAGACGCCUAGGAAGGUUGUGGAAACUCCUUCACUGGAGGUUUUCAGAAGGACGCUGGAGCCAUCUGGCUGCAUGGGUGAUGGGUAGAGCCCCCCCUUUGGGGAGGCUAGCCCCGGCUCUGCCACUUCCACCCCCCUCCCAUGGCUGGAGCCCCGAGACCUCCUCCCCACCCCGCAGCAAGCAUAGUGCGAGAAACUGCUACCUGUAGGAAUUUGCUACAUCUGAUAGCAUUUUUUUACAAUCCCUUACAUAUGAGUAACUGCUACAGGUAGCAAAUUCCUAGAGCUAGUUUCUCGCACUACACCGGGACCCCCAGACCGCUCCCCCGGAGGAGCCCUGAGACACCCCUCUCGGCCGGAGGAGUCCCCCCAGCUCUGGAGGAGCCAAAGCCCCGAUCCUCUCUGUGACAUUCUAUACCUUGGGGGACCAUCCUGGAACCCCCAUAUUCAUAUAAUCGUGAUCUUACAUAUAAAGCAUGUCUUGUAAGGUAUCAGGGGAAAGGUUAUGACCUGCUGAGAGCCAUUUCUUUAUCCAUAUAUGUAUAUCAUUAAUACAUAUGAAGUUAAGAGAAUUGUGUUGUAUGAUUGUCACUAAAACAUGCUGUAAGUUCAGGAAUCCGCCAGAUAUUAGCUCCCCGGAGGCAACAAGGAAAGUAACCAACGCCUGGGCAGGUGUCAAACAACCAUCAACAGCCACUAUCCAGCAAGGGAGCUGCAAUUCAAUGACUCACCAGCAUAAGGCCACACCAGGGGAAUUGCUCAACUUUACCUGGGGACUCAGCAAUGCCCCAGAUAUUCCUGGACUUAUGUUUUCCAAGCACAUGGACUGAGGGCAUAAAACAGACACAGAAGCCAUGUUCUGGGCCCUUCUCCUGCCCCCACCUAUGCUGCAAGCACCUAAGACAUUGAGAAGAAAACAAGACUCCAACAGAGGAGACUGGCCCAGAUUUAAGGAACAAACCUGUAUAUUAAGGACUGCAGUAUCCAGUGGGGUGAGAAAAACUGCUUAAUCUAGAUGUUGUCCAGUCUAAUAGGGUUGAGAGUUUAGACUGUGUACUUACAUUUUAUUUCCUUUGGUAACUAACUCUGACUUUUUGCCUACCACUUAAUAUCACUUAAAAUCCAUCGUUUAUAGUCAAUAAAUUCAUUUAAUUGUU